AUGAGCUCAUCCUCGUCCUCAUCGUCGGCGGCCUCCGACAACUCCGACGCCGAGUCUGGCCUUCCCCACACACUCCGCGUCCAAACCGAACCUGCCACACCGGCGGUCGUCCAUGGCAUCAACAUCCUCAACCGCGUGCCCAUCGUCCUCGACUUCAACGACGCCAACUACGUCGCCUGGGCGCGCGCCUUCUCCGCCAUCUUUGGCCAGUUCGGACUCCGCGACCACGUCGACAGCUCCACCGCCAAGGGCGACAGCGACUGGGUGCAGAAUGACUGCGCCAUCGUCUCGUGGUUCUACAACCGCAUCUCCCCCGAGCUUCUCUCCAUGGUCUCGGCAGACACCGACACCGCCUACUCCAUAUGGCGCGGCGUCCGCAGCCUCUUCCGCGACAACAAGGACACUCGCGCCGUCUACCUCGGCGCCGAGUUCCGCAACUUCUACCAAGGUGAUCUCACCGUCCUCGACUACUGCUCUCGCAUGAAGGUCAUGGCCGAUCGCCUCGCCGGUCUCGGGGCCCCGGUGAAUGACAAAGAUCUCAUCUACAACAUCGUCCGCGGCCUCAACCCUCGUCUCCACCACGCGAUCCCCCACAUCACACUUCGCCGCCGUCUACCGUCGUUCCUCAAGACGUGA